AUGGCUAAACCAGCGACAGAACCAGCUAUUGGUGGCGGAAACGACAUCAGCGAAGGUAAGAGGUAUAAUUUUAUGUUUUUUGAUAUUAAGCAUGGCUUUGAUGUCUUUGACUUGGUCAUUGGACUAAAAUCUUUAGUUAUCCUCUUUGGAUAAAGCCUUUAUUGUUUUGUAAUGUGCUUUGUUGUUUUACUUAUAAAAAAGUUUGUUAAAGAUAUAAUUUUCUUUGUUUUUCAGGCAUUAUGGAGAUCGUCCGACCAGCUUUACAAGAACUAGAUUCCCAGGUCAAAAACACGAGAAAAAGUCAAGUGUCAUUAGCUGAAAAUGUCCAGAAGUUAUCGGAAUGUAAGUCUUUUACUAUGAUAUUGCUUUUGACUUUAGGUUUUGAAGAGAAACGGCUUUGAGGAUUAGGAUAGUUAUCUUAUCUAUCUGUAUUGGCGAAAAUUGAAGUCAAGUUUGAUAAAUAGGUAUAAAUUAGGUUUGAAUUGGCUGUUUUUGGCUUUAGAAUAUCUUUGAGCAUUUUUUGAGAUGAGUUUCUAUUAGUUUUUGGCAGAUCAUUUGUGGCUUGACUUCAGUUUAGUUAUCUUACUCAUGUCUUUAGGCGAUUGAACGAAAAGGAAGAGAAAGGAUUGUUUAUAACUUCAAACUAUUUUAUUAGGCUUUAGAAGACUUUGCUAAAUAAUAUAAUUAUAUAUAAAAUUACUUUGCAUUAAAUUCCAAAUGAUUCUCACUUCCAGACCUCAAAGAAAUUCUGGACGAAAAACAGAUGCCAUUCGAUCUAGGCGAUUACGUACGACGUCUAGAUGACAGUACCAAACGUAUAAGCAAUGUUCAAACACGAAUUCAGGCAAUGCACGAUAAGAUGACACAGCUACAACGUCAAAUCGCCAAAGAGACAUUUAAACAGAAACAUCCCAAGACUGACGAUGCUGUGGUGGCUACAGAAGCUGAACCUAAAGAGACGGAAGGUACUAGUGAAUCGUAA